AUGGCUUGUCCCUGGAAGUUUCUGUUCAAGGCCAAGUCCUCCCUGUGGAACUUGACUGAGGAAAAGGACUUUAACAACAAUUUGAAGAAAGUCACAGGUACCACCUGCAGGUGGUAUCUCAUCAUAGCUGUUUCCGUUCACAGUCCUGAGACACCGGAUGACAAGCACCAGGAUGGAUCCCUUCAGCCCCUUGCGGAGACAGAGCCGAAGCUUCCAGAAUCCCAGGACAAGUCACAUGUGCCUCCAUCAACCUGCCCACCCUACAUAAAGCUCACAAACUGGAGCAGUGGGGUCACUUUCCAGGACACACUUCACCACAAGGCCAAGUCGGAUUUCACUUGCAGGUCCACAUCUUGCCUGGGGUCCGUAAUGAAGCCCAAAAGUUUGACUAGAGGACCCAAGAACACACCUACCUCUCCAGAUGAACUGCUACCUCAAGCUAUCGAGUUUGUCAAUCAAUAUUAUGAGUCCUUCAAAGAAGCAAAAAUAGAGGAACAUCUGGCCAGGGUGGAGGCGGUAGCGAAGGAGAUCGAAACAACAGGAACCUACCAGCUGACAGGAGAUGAGCUCAUCUUCGCCACCAAGCUCGCCUGGCGCAAUGCCCCCCGCUGCAUCGGCAGGAUCCAGUGGUCCAACCUGCAGGUCUUCGAUGCCCGGAGCUGUACCACCGCCCAGGAGAUGUUCGAACACAUCUGCAGACACAUACGCUACGCCACCAACAACGGCAACAUCAGGUCGGCCAUCACUGUGUUCCCCCAGCGGAGUGAUGGGAAGCAUGACUUCCGCGUGUGGAAUUCUCAGCUGAUCCAGUAUGCCGGCUACCACCUGCCCGACGGCAGCAUCAGGGGGGACCCAGCCAACCUGGAGUUCACCCAGCUGUGCAUUGAACUGGGUUGGAAGCCCUGUUAUGGUCGCUUCGAUGUGCUGCCUCUGGUCCUGCAGGCGGAUGGCCGGGACCCCGAGUUCUUCGAAAUCCCUCCUGACCUGGUGCUCGAGGUGCCCGUGGAACACCCCAAGUACGAGUGGUUCCAGGAGCUGGAGCUGAAGUGGUACGCCUUGCCCGCCGUGGCCAACAUGCUGCUGGAUGCCGGUGGCCUCGAGUUCCCCGGGUGUCCCUUCAACGGCUGGUACAUGAGCACAGAGAUCGCAGUCAGGGACCUCUGUGACAGUCAGCGCUACAACGUCUUGGAGGAAGUGGGGAGAAGGAUGGGUCUGGAGACACACAUACUGGCCUCCCUCUGGAAAGACCAGGUCGUCACAGAGAUGAACGUUGCGGUGCUCCAUAGCUUCCAGAAGCACAAAGUGACCAUCAUGGAUCACUACUCAGCUGCCGAAUCCUUCAUGAAGCACCUGCAGAACGAGUACCGGCUGCGCGGUGGCUGCCCAGCUGACUGGAUUUGGCUGGUCCCUCCAACAUCCGGGAGCAUUACACCCGUGUUUCACCAGGAGAUGCUAAACUACAUCCUGUCCCCAUUCUAUUACUACCAGGUAGAGGCUUGGAAGACCCAUGUCUGGCAAGAUGGGAAGCGGAGGCCCAGGAGAAGAGAGCUCCGAUUCAAAGUCCUGGGGAAAGCUGUGCUCUUUGCUGCCAUGCUAAUCCACAAGAUUAUGGCAACUCGAGUCCAAGUCACAAUCCUCUAUGCGACUGAGACUGGAAGAUCAGAAUCACUUGCUCGGGACCUGGGAACCUUGUUCAGCUGUGCCUUCAACCCUAAGGUUUUCUGCAUGGAUGAGUACAACCUGAGCCACCUAGAGGAGGAACGGCUUCUGCUAGUGGUGACCAGCACAUUCGGGAAUGGAGACUCCCCCAGUAAUGGAGAGGCACUGAAGAAAUCCCUCUUCACUCUGAAAGCCCUGUCCAGUACGUUCAGGUACGCUGUAUUUGGCCUUGGCUCCAGCAUGUACCCUCGCUUCUGUGCUUUUGCCCAUGACAUUGACCAGAAGCUGUCCCACCUGGGGGCCUCUCAGCUCAUCCCGACGGGGGAAGGGGAUGAGCUCAGUGGGCAAGAGGAUGCCUUCCGCAGCUGGGCCGUGCAAGCCUUCAAGGCGGCCUGUGAAACGUUUGCCAUCCCAAAUGGACAUCACAUUCAGAUCCCCAAACUCUAUACCUCCAAUAUGACCUGGAUGCCACAAAGCCACCGGCUUGUGCAGAACUCUCAGCCUUUUGACCUCUACAAAGCCCUCGGCCACAUACACGCCAAGAAUGUGUUCACCCUGAAGCUCAAAUCACAGCAAAAUCUACUGAAUCCCAAGUCCAGCCGCUCCACCCUCUUGGUAGAGCUCUCCUGUGAGGACAGCCACGGCCUGAGCUACCUGCCUGGUGAGCACCUUGGGGUUUUCCCGAGCAACCAGCCUGCCCUGGUCCAAGGCAUCUUGGAGCGAGUAGUGGACAGCCCCGCGCCUCACCAGACUGUGUGCCUGGAGACCCUGGACGAGCGUGGCAACUACUGGGUCAGGGAGAUGAGGCUGCUACCCUGCUCACUCCACCAGGCCCUCACCCACUUCCUGGACAUCACCACCCCGCCCACCCAGCUGCAGCUCCAAAAGCUAGCCCGGCUUGCCACAGAAGAGGCUGACAGACAGAGGCUGGAGGCCCUCUGCCAGCCUUCAGAGUACAACAAAUGGAAGUUCACCAAUAGCCCCACGUUCCUGGAGGUGCUGGCGGAGUUCCCAUCCCUGCGGGUGCCUGCCACCUUCCUACUGUCCCAGCUCCCCAUCCUGAAGCCCCGCUUCUACUCCAUCAGUUCCUCCCAGGACCACACCCCCACAGAGAUCCACCUCACCGUGGCUGUGAUCGCGUACCACACCCAAGAUGGCCAGGGUCCCCUACACCAUGGCGUGUGCAGCACUUGGCUCAGCAACCUGCAGCCCCAGGACCCCGUGCCUUGCUUUGUGCGGAGCGCCAGCAGCUUCCAGCUCCCCAAGGACCCCUCCCUUCCUUGCAUCCUCAUUGGGCCCGGCACAGGCAUCGCCCCCUUCCGAAGUUUCUGGAAGCAGCGGCUCCAUGACUCUGAGCACAAAGGGAUCAAGGGCGGACGCAUGACCCUGGUGUUUGGGUGCCGUCACCCGGAUGAGGACCACCUCUACUGGGAGGAGAUGUUGGAGAUGGCCCAUAAAAGGGUGCUACAUGAGCUACACAUAGCCUAUUCCCGGCUGCCUGGUAGGCCCAAGGUUUACGUUCAAGACAUCCUGCGGCAGCAGCUGGCCAGCGAGGUGCUCCGUGUGCUGCAUGAAGAAGCAGGCCACCUCUAUGUGUGUGGGGACGUGCGUAUGGCCCGGGACGUGGCCCACACACUGAAGCAGUUGGUGGCGAACAGCUUGAACUUGAAUGACGAACAGGUUGAGGAUUAUUUCUUCCAGCUCAAGAGUCAGAAACGCUAUCAUGAAGAUAUCUUUAGUGCUGUCUUUCCCUUUGAAGUAAAGGAGAGAGCUGCAGGGCAGCCCAAUGGCAUGAGACUCUAA